AAAACCCACCCCUUCCAAACCCUAACACCCGCAAAACCACAGCCAUGGGAAUCCUCUCUUGGUGGAAAGGCGAAAAGGCCCCGGCUUCGAAACCCGCCCAAAACCCCGACCCGAAACCCGAUAAAUCGGACCGAAACCCCGCCACCGAAAUCCCAGGCAUGAACGGAGCCAUGGAAGUCCCGCGGCCCACUGAAGCCACCGUCUUCGAGUUCGGCUCCGCCGCUGCCACCGCCGACAAGGUGACGCUCGCCGGAUACUGCCCGGUCUCCGACGAUCUCGAGCCGUGCCGGUGGGAGAUACUUCCAUCGACCGGCGACGACGCCCCACAAUUUCGGGUAGUUUUCUGAUAUGAAUUCAUAGAAGGAGAUGAUACAUGCGCCCUUUGUUUUUUAUGCAUAAACCCUCUCUUUUCUACUCUUGGUAUUGGAAAUAGCACCAAAAGCAGAAGAAGAGGGUCGAUUGCAUUGAUGGGGGAGGGUGAAGUAUCAGCUUCCUUUGGUUAAACCCAUAAUUCAGUUUCUUGGUGUGGAAAAUGAAUUGGGUUUUGUUUUAUUUGCGUUUUAGAUAUUAGGAUUUUCGUAUAUAGUAGAAUUUCAAUUGGGUUUUGUGUAUGUGAUGGUGGAAACAUGGAAUGAAUGGAUUUGAAUUGGGUUGAUGUUAUGAGUUAAUCAAUAUGAUAUGCAAUGCUUUGUAUUC